AUGGCUUUAAACGGCAUCCAGAUCGUCCUCCGUGCGUGGCAGUUCUUAUGGACUCUCCUCAUCCUUUCCCUUGUUGGUAACAUGAUCUCCGAAGCUUUCGCUGGAAACCCAAGCUCGAUCAACUAUACCAUGUUCGUAGCGGCUUUCUCGAUGCUUUCACUACUCUACCUCAUUCCGGCUUCUUUCAACCCAGACUGGGCCAUUCACCCAGUCAUCAUGAUCGUUGUUGAUGUCUUGAACUGCCUCCUGUUCUUCUGCGCCGCUAUUGCGCUCGCUGCAAAGUUGGGGGCUCACUCGUGCAGUAACGCACGUUACAUUCUACGCAAUGAAAUCACCAACGGUUCUCUCAACCCGGCAAAGCGUUGUCGCGAGGCCCAGGCCUCGACUGCCUUCCUUUGGUUUGCCUGGGCGGGAUGCAUGGCAUCUGUAUUUAUCUCGAUCAUGAUGGCCCGCUCCGCCAAUGUUAACUUGCGCGGUGGUGGUAGUCGCGGUCGCUCUUCCAGCCGUCGGCCUGACAUGGCUCAGGUCUAA